GUUUGCGGCGCCCAAGCGUACGUUUGGCCGCGCCGCGGCCACCGCGGCUCCAGCCAUGGUGGAAAUGGCGGACGAGGGUGCGACGGCCGCCGGGGCCGCCGCCGACGCCGAGCUGGCCCGCGCGGCGGAGCUCAAAGCCCAAGCAACAAACCACCACAAACAAGGCGAGUACGCCGAGGCCAUCGCGGCCUACGACGAAGCGUUGCAAUGCUACGCCGAGCCCGUGGACCCCAUGGACCCCAGCCACUGGGGCGAGACGCCGGACCAACGAGCCCAGCGCGAACUAGACGAGCUCGAGCGCCUGAUGGGUGAUACAAGGGAAGAAAUGGGCCUGCCGCGGAAGCCGCUGACGGAUCCUAAUGCGAGAAAACACAAGGUACCUCUUAGGAAGCGACGAAUCCCCGGCGCGAAGCGGUCCAAGAUGUACGCGCGGCUGUCGAACCACCACCUCUGCAACACUGGUAAACAUUUCUGCUGCGCGGCGUCGCUGGGCCCGAAGGGCGGGCCCGAGGCUAUGAUGGAAGCGGUUGCAGCGCGGCGGGAGAGAGGAGAGAAGGCUAGAAAAGCGUGGAAUAGAAUAGAUCUGCGCCGCACGCGCGGGACUGACGACGGGCCCGGCCCGGCGGCUUAUGUCAAUAGAGCGACGCGGUUCGGGGACGUAGCGACGGAAGUUGCUCCUCCAAAAAAUCGGAAGCGGCCCGCGCCGCCGGACGAGAAGCCUUGUGCGGUGUGCUACGACCACUGCUGGUACGGAUGUGGGUGCGCGUGCCACGACUCGGACGGUGGCGAAUUAUCCGAAGAGGACGAGGAGGCGAGCGACGGCGAAGUGCUCUCAACGGAAAUUCCGUUGCCGGCGCGCGACGGACCGCGUCCUUCAAAACCAACGCCGCCGCGGUGGCUCCGCCAGCUGCUCGGAAGAGAGGAGGAAGACUUUGAGGUGGCGCUGCGGGACUUGGAAAUCGCGCUCCGGAGGCCGCCGUCGCUGCCCGACGAGGGAAACGAGAGGGAAUGUCUCGUGGUCGCCCGCUAUUUAAAAGCCGCCGGGCCGGACGCGGCGGCGUGGCUCGAGUUGGAUGAAGAGACGCUCCGGCUGCGGUUGUCGGGGCAGGUCAGCCUCCACGAUCUCCGGGACGUUUGUGGAGGCGCCUUGUCGUGGUCGGCGCUGCGCGCCGCGUCGUUAAGGACGGUACUGGCGCCAAAACGCGUCGCGCGGCGCGUCAACGCUUCGAUAAGAGCGGCCAAGGGCCGCGUCGCCGAUGUCUUUGCGAGGGCCUGCGACGACGGUAUUUGUAAGGCCCGCGCGCUGGCCGAGGCGCUGGCGCCGCUCGCGGGGCCCUUCGUUCGCAACGACGCGUUAUGUGCGGCCGAGGCGCGACCUGCGGAAACCGCUCCCGAAAGCGGGUGCCCCGACUGCGCCGACGCGUGCUGGUACGGCUGCGACUGCCCGUGCCACGAUCAGCUUAUGUCCGAGGAGGAGGAGGAGGUUAUAUCAAGGGAGCCGCCGGCGCUCGGCGCGUCCAUACACGUGCGCGUCGCCGGCGCGACGCAGUGCUUCCCGGCGAAAGUCGCCUGCGUCUACGAGGACGCCAUCGACGUGCUCUACGACGACGCUGAAACGUUCGAGGCGCGCGUGCCGCUCUCGAGGGUCCAAGGGUAUGACGUUCAGAGAAGGAUUCCGAGGGCCCGGACGCCGCGCGUACCCCGGAAAAGGCCGCCAGUCCACGAGGAGGCCAAGGAGGCCUGCGUCGAGCCGCGCGCCGACAAGCAUAUCUUGACGUGGCAUAAACCGGCCGAGCAGAAGCCGCCCGUCUCCACGAAUGACGGGCUGGAGCGGCACUCGCAGGUUUUAAACGGAGAAAAGGUCCUGGGACGACGAGUCAAGGGUGUCCGGGCGUGGUCUACUGUUGAAAUGAAAGACGGCAAGGAGACGCGCGUGCACCCGCGCCGCUUUCCGGAGACGCCGCGGAAGGAGUCGCCGCGCUCCCUCAAGACGCCGCGGUCGCUGCACGACGGGCUCAAGAAGCACGUGCCUACUUUUGGUUUUGGCGAGGCGCCCUCCUCAUCAUCCGAAGACGAGGUCCUCCCGGGCCCCGGCGAGUACGACCGGCCGGAGGAGGCGCCCGCGCCCGGCGGUCGCAUGAACCCGCUGCCGUCGCAGAAGAUCAAACCCUUCGCGAAGCUGGCCAUGGCGCGGCGGCGGCGGCCGACGAAGGCGCCCGGCGAGUACGACGUCGUGGAGACGGACGUUGUGAAUGGCCGCUUCCGGACGCUGAAGGGCGGCGUGCGCAUGGAAGAAAGUAAGACGCAACGGCGCACGAGGCCCGUCGAAGCUCAGAAACAACUGGCCGAGCUCGAGGCGCUCGUCGCGCUGAGGGACAAGAAGGCGCGGCGGCGGCGUCGCAUGCAACGACGCGAGGCGCGCCUCCGGCGCCAGCGCGACAAGGAGGAGCAGCGGGAGUUCGCGCGGUGGCGCAGCGCGAAGAUGUCUGAUUCGUCCUACACGGACUCGUCCUACACGUCCUCUUCAUCAUCCUCGUCGUCGUCGUCAUCAUCAUCAUCAUCCGAAGAAGAUCUAGCUCCCGUCGACAAGGACCGGCUCGUCCGGAAACGCUCCACGUCCAUAGUCAUCGGCAAGCCCACGGAAGACAACAAGCACGUCGCGCGCAAGAAGUAUCUCGAGAAGGAGUCCGAAGCGCGACGGGGCGUCGGCGCCUACGACAUUGACAAGGCCCAGCGGGCCGUCGAGAAGGAGGUCCCGCACGCGGCGCUCUUCGGGGACGAAGUGGCCGCGCGCGAGCGCCACGUCAAGACGAAGGGCGACGUCGUCCGGGAAGCUCGGAAGAAGAUUGAUGAAGAGCGGGACGCGACGCGGCCGAUCCUGGCGUCCCAGGCGCAGGUGCCCUGGGCUUCUGUCAAGGACGACGCGAGGCCGGAGGAGUUAGCGUUCAGACGGUUCCUGAAGCCCGACCGGGCGUCGGUGCGGUACAUGGACGCGCCGGCGACGCCCGAGGCCCUCCGCAAGAAGCGGGAGCUCGAGGACGUUGCGAAGGCGAAUCGCGACCUGCGACCGCCGGGCAAGGAGAUUAUGAAGGAAGCGCACUUGAAUGCUGUACAAUACGACAUCCAACGGGGCCGCGACGUCAUUGAAAUUACGGCCAAGGACGAGAUCCACCUGUCGACCUUCGGCUCUCCAACUUUACAUCGGAAGCGCGACGCUCCAUUAACUCCGGAGAACGUCGAGCAGGCCUUGGCGUACCUCGAGGGCUCGCCGGCCAACAUCACGUCGUUCGUCGCGCCGGCUCGGUCGGAGGCCGUGGGCCCCUUCGGCGAGCGGCCCGAGGACGCCUUGGUGGAGGGCGAGGGCGACCAUCUGGAACUAGAUGUGGAGAGGGCCAAGGCCUUCCUCGACGCGGAGCGCGAUGCCAUGCAGCUCGGCAGGGCGCCGCGCUUCCCGUCCCCCGUGUAUGAAGAUCACGACGGCGACGUCCUCGACCUCGACGUGGCCGACAAGAAAGGCGUCGGCGACGCCCCCGCGAAAGGUUUUAGGUACUCCUCCUUCAAGACGCAGCCCGGGCGAGGAGUUGUGAAGAAGAACGAUGACCAGGGCGACGUGCUCGAGCUCUCGCCGCACUCGCCGCCACAAAAGGUGCCCGCGGCGGUCAUCGGCCGCGAGGAGCGCUGGACGGAGUAUUCGGAUGACGACACGGGCCUGAUCCUGUCGCCUAAAAAGGUGGAGAAGCACCGACCCGGCUUCUCCCUCGAGAAGGCGCCAGAUCGGUGGCGCGUCUCGGACGAGAUACCUGAGGAAGUUAUUGUGGACCAUGACAAGGUCGAACGAGCGAAGCGACGGGCCUGGGCCGCGCCGGUGCCCGAUCUAGCGGCGGGCGGCGACCGCUUCGUCGAGAACUCGGUGGACGAGCCCGCCUUGCAGUUAAAUCCGAACGACAGCGUGCUGUCGACGCGGGGCGUGACGUCGCAGCUCGGCGCGCUGUCCUUCGGCAAGCGGCCCGGGCGGUCGAAGACCAAGGAGGAGGCCGGCCACGUGCUCGAGCUCGAUCCGGGCGAGCGGCCGCGCGACCGGGUCCAGGGCGCGGCCGACUGGGCGCGCGAGGCGCCGCGGUCGCCGCUCCAGAACGUCGACGAGGGCAACACGCUCGUGCUCGAGCCCGAGCGCGGUCGGCCCGCGGCGGCGCCCAAGGGCCACGUGUCCAUGGCGACGGCGCCGGGCCGCCACGUGCCGACGCGCGACCCCGGCGGCGACGUGCUCACGCUGAACGUGACCGACCCGGGCCUCAAGCGCCAGGACCGCGCGGUCUCGUUCGCGAGCGCGCCGAACAAGCCCAAGCUCCCGAAGAAGAAGAAGAAGCGGCCGCGCCGCCAGCGGCCGCGGCCGGCGUCGGCCAUGGGGCGGGCCCUGAAGGCGCUCGGGAGCGUGCGAUUCUUUUAAGUUGUACUACUGAUA